GGGAAGGAUAGUAGUCAUAAGGGGACGCCUAACAAGAAAGGGAAGGAAAAGGAGGACUCCCCGGUUGUAGAAGCGGAAAAAGCUACGAACCCACCUGCCAUAGACAGUGAUGCUAGCCGCUUACCUGCCGCGCCAAAAAUAAUGAAGAGGUGCGACGGACUUUGGGGUCUCAGAGAAAGGGUAUUAGGGUGGUUUGAUCCGGAGGGAACAACAAUAACUGGAGAAAAGCAGAAGGAUAGCCAGGAAGGAGAGGGGACUAGUACGGCUGGCGAAACAGGUAGUUCCAAGGGCGGGCUCAAGAAAAUAGUAUCCACCCUCACUCGGGCAUUGAACAAAAAUCAGGGCUACCUCGCGGAUGCCAAGAAGAAGCUCACCUUUGAUGGGGCAAACAUCACCGAAUUCCUGAUAGACUACGAGAACCUAGCAGCCUUGUUGAAAUGGAGCGAGGAAGAAAAGAUGGACCACUUAGGGCAGCAUGUGUCACUAGGCUUAGGAAGAGACAUUAUGGCCAUCAUCGUCGUCAGUGGAUCUUGGAAAAAGUCCCGAAAUGAAAUGAUGAGGAAGUAUCUAAAGACGGAGAAAAUGGCAACAGGAGCUGAAUUGGUUGCCGUACAGAGGAAGAACUAUGCGACUUACAACGACUUCCUGAGAGUAUUUACCCUAGUGGCGUUACGAAUUCCCGAGAAAGGUCGAUUGGAUGCAAAGCUAAUUUCCCCCGUUAGGAUCCACACAGUGGAACAUGAGUGCUGGAACGACAAAGGGCCCGCCUACGAGUUCGGAAUAGCAGCAGAGGUCACCGAAUUACUCAGGGCUAAGAUAAAUUCAUUCGUGGCGGAGCCCACUGCGUCCCUCUACGCGAACAAGUGGUUUGUUUUUCGGAAACCCAACAAGAUGCUCAUGUGGAUCCAAGAUUUGCAGAAGCUGAAUGCGGUGACAAUCCGGGAUGCGGGAUCGCUUCCACAAACCGAUUUGCUGGCAGAAUCUCACGCCGGCUGGAGCAUUGACUCCUUGAUAGACUUAUAUUCAGGAUAUGACCAACUGCCGCUCGAUGCCAGGGACAGACCGUACACCGCCAUCCACACCCCUGUAGGGCAGCUGCAGAUGCAGGUAACCCCUAUGGGCUUUACGAACGCUGUGGCAGAGGCACAAAGGGGGAUGCUUGCGGUAGCUGGGAACAUGUUCCCGGAAAAAUGUGAGCCGUAUAUAGAUGACAAUCCUAUAAAAGGCGCGCAGAACAAAGACGAGAUGGAGGUCCAGCCGGGGGUUCGGAAGUUCGUCUGGGAUCACCUACAAGAUAUCAAGGACUUACUCCAGCGGUUCCUAGUAUAUAAUAUCACCGCAAGCGGGCCAAAGAGCAUCAUGGCGGUUGCAGAAGUGAUCAUACUGAGGUUUCGCUGUUUUGCCGAAAUAGCCGAGCCCAUCCGCGUGAUGAUUAGGAAAGGAGGGACUAUGGAGUGGACCGAGGAUAGGGAAGCGGCGGUUCAGACCCUCAAAGACCUCUUGACUUCCGAUCAGGUCACUUUGGCAGCGCCUUGCUUCAACGACGAGGUAGGACGACCCUUUAUCCUGGAAACCGAUGGAGGACCAUUGGCAGUAGGAGGUGUUCUGAUACAAUGGAGCGAGGAGGGUAGAGAAAGACCUAUUAGGUUCGAGAGCAGGACCCUGAAUUCGGCAGAACGACGAUACUCCCAAUUCAAAAAAGAGGUUUUAGCCAUCCUACAUUGUCUCAAGACCUUUCAAGCGUACCUAUUCGGAAGACGGUUUAUCAUGAGGAUCGAUCCGACCAACAUCUCAGGAGUAUUAAAGAACUAUAAGCCUAUAGACCUGACCGUGGGGAGAUGGAUAGGCUUUAUCUGGCAGUUAGAUUACAAGAUCGAGCGAAUUUCGGGGCUCCGAAACAAAGCAGACGGAUUAAGUCGGGUCUGCAUCACACCGGAUGGCAUAGAGGAUGCGGAGCCAAUCGAUGCCUUCUUGGAAUAUGAGGGAGGAACCCUUGCUGUGGAUAACGAGAUGAUAAGUCCGGCCUGCACGCCAGGGCAAUUACUGAUCCAGACUUUAGAAGGAGGGACGCCUGCUGUAGUUGCGGAACUCAGGGAAGGGCCAGUCACCACGAUUAGACGCAAAGAUGAGAAGGAUUCGUGGGGGGAAACAAUGGGGCCGAAGGAGGAGUUGAUGGCAAUGGCCAUUGAAGGAGGUCGGGACGCCGUGAUGUGCCUAGUAGAGUCGUGGACACGAAAGGAACUGCGGUAUCUAGUAAGUCAGGCUCAGGAAAAGCGAGAUACGAACCAGGAGGGACAAAUUUUUUUCCUCGUACAAAUGUAUGACGACGUCUUUCGAGAGAUCAACCUGUUACUUAUAGGAAACAAGCAGCCUUUGAAAGUCUGCCCCAAGGCAAGUGAGGAAGCUGAAAAGCCUCACCCCCAUGAACCAGAGGAACGUGAGGAAGAGUAUAGCCUCAUUCAAGAUAGCAGCAUCGACGAAAAUAGGGAAGAACCUAACGAAGUCAUAGAUAUCAGCAGUGAAGACGAGGCCGAAGAAGUCACAACACCAACGGAAGAAGUGUGGGCGAGGGAUGAGGAUCCGGAGGAUGAGAAUGACAAAUGGAUACGAGAGUUUAGGGUUACUUGUAACCACUGCUUUGACCAGUGGACUUGUAUCAUGCGGCACGAUUGGGCAUUAAAGGCACAGGAACAGCUGAGCAGGGGGGAAGAGAUAACACCACCAACCUUCCUCACGGAAGGGGCGCUCGUCGACUUGCAAAGGACGAAGAGAAGGAUUCAGAGGGAAAUGGAUGCCCGGGCAAGGCAGGCCCAACGCAAGGCAACUGAGCAACAAGAGGACAGUGGACGUAAAAGGGACUAGGCAUAACAAAACAAAAAAAGGGGGGAGGGAACGGAUACCCCGGGCAGGCAAGACUAUGGUGUUGAGUUUUGCAUUUGAAUUCCUAGAAAUAAACUGCAACGGGAUGA